AUGGCUUCAGAAGUUUCACCGAGCACUAACCUGAAAGAAGCGGAGGAGCUGGUGCUGUCCCUGAGUGAAGCCCUCAGCUGUGGAGACUCUGACCAGGCGACUCAGCUGUGUGAGAGGCUUUGCCAGCUCUCUGUUCCUGUGUCAGUGAGCAUCAAGAACCAGGUCUACCCCCAGGACCCCAUCAGGUUGACUGUUGGUGUGGAGGAUGCCCAGUCAGAGGCCUACAUCCCAGUGAAUGUCAUGGUUUCUUCUGGCAUGACUAUUGCACAACUUAAAGAGGAGAUCAGCAAGGAUUUUGGGUUCCACCCUUUACUGCAGCGCUGGGUGAUCGGUAAACGACUAGCUCUGGACCAGGACUCGUUAUACAGCCACGGGAUCCGUAUGGAUGGGGAUCAGGCUUUCCUGUUCAUCCUCUCUGCUCAAGCUGCUCAUCUCACACGGCAGCAGUGCAUGUCGGACCUGGAGGAACAACGUUUGACGGGUAUCAUGAAGUCAAUGGUGUUAGUUUCUAGAGGACCAGGUGGUGCUAGUGCAAAAACACCUCCACCCCUCGAGACUUCUCCUCCCACUCUUAUUCCUAGAAACCCAGCUGCUGUUAAACCUGUGCUGCCUCCUAAACCUCAGUUGGGCUGGGCCUGUACAUUGUGUACCUACAUUAAUAAACCUACACGGCCUGGAUGUGAGAUAUGCGGAGGGGAUAGGCCCGAGGACUACAAGGUACCAGACAUAUAUCAGCCAGACCAGGAGGAAAUCCAACGGAUUGAACAGGAACAGCUGGCAGUUCUGCAGUAUGAACUGGCUCAGCAGGAGGAACGGAACCAGAACUAUUUAUACCUUUUGGCAACAGAAGACCAGAACCUUAUCCUAAGCACCUCAGAGGCCGAUUGUCCCAUUUGCUUCUCCACUCUGAUGCCAGGAGAGGGUGUUGUUCUCCGAGAAUGUCUGCACACAUUUUGCAGGGAGUGUCUAAAAUCGACAAUAGUGAACAGUCAAGAUCCUGAGGUGUCCUGUCCGGACAACUGUGAUAGCAAGUUACUGGACAGAGAGAUCAAAGAGUUGCUCACAGAAGAGGAGCUCCAGCGGUUUAUGGAGUUGCGCCUGAACGUCGCAGAGAGCCGCUCCGAGCACAGCUUCCACUGUCAGACUCCCAACUGUCGAGGGUGGUGCAUCUACGAGGAUGAAGUCAACGAGUUCCACUGCGAGAUCUGCAAAGAAACCAACUGCAUUCUCUGCCGAGCCAUCCAUAAAGACAUGAACUGUAAGGACUACCAGGAUGACCUGCGGAUCCGAGCACAGAACGACGAAGCAGCACAGAAGACAAAGCAGAUGCUGGAUAACUUGCUAACGAACGGAGAGGCCAUGAAUUGCCCACGCUGUGACAUCAUAGUCCAGAAAAAAGAUGGCUGUGAUUGGAUCUGCUGUUUGAUGUGCAAAACCGAAAUCUGCUGGGUCACCAAGCAAGCUCGAUGGGGACCAAAUGGACGUGGUGACACAUCCGGCGGCUGUAGAUGUCAUCUCAAUUAUCAGCCUUGUCACCCCAACUGCCAAAACUGUCACUGAGGCUACACUACAAAACUCACACGCAGUCUCAACAUGCACUAUAUGAGCAAGUUCAGAGCAGAUGUGAUGCUUACAACCCCUGGCCUCUUACAUUAUGUAUUUCUAUUGCCCUAAUUAUGAAAAGCUGAUCAAACUCC